AUGUUCCCCAUUGAAGAGUCCCCCGUUGAAGAAGAUACAAGGAACCAUCCCUUUAAAUACAACUGGAUAGAUGGUGCGGAAUCACUUGAAAAAUACAAACCCGGGGGCUAUCAUCCUAUUAUGAUUGGUGAUAUCCUUCACUCGAGAUAUCGCAUAGUGGACAAGCUAGGUUUCGGAGGCUAUUCGACAGUUUGGCUUGCUCGGGACACUUGUUUAGAGCGCUAUGUUGCUGUUAAAGUCGGCGUAUCAGACUCAGCUAUGCACGAGCCUAAUAUUCUCCGAGCCCUUUCUGCGUCACUACCAUCGGCUUCUCCCGCAUAUCCAGGGCACAGUUCAAUUCCACUACCCUUGGAUGAAUUUAAGUUGAACGGCCCCAACGGAACACAUCUAUGCUACACAAUGACACCUGCGAGAUGUAAUCUCAGAGAAGUAUCGUUUAGUCAUUUGUUUCCUCUUGAAGUUGCGCGGGCACUAUCCGGAGGCCUUACGCUAGCUAUUGCUUAUAUGCAUUCAAGAGGUUAUGCCCAUGGAGAUAUCCAUCUCCGGAAUGUCUUGGUUAAACUCCCAUCAAGUUUCGAUCACCUGUCAGUUGAGCAGCUAUAUGAAAAAUAUGGGGAGCCCGAGACAGUUCCUGUUACACAACGUGAUGGGAAACCGCUUCCACCGAAUGCCCCAGCUAGUGCAGUGUUGCCACUUUAUCUUGGAAAAGAUGCAGAAGAAUUCUUACUGUCCGACGCGCACGUGCUUCUGAGUGACUUUGGCGAGGCAUUUGCCCCAGACUUGGAAGUUCGUCGGGGGGAAGAUUGCCACACACCACUAGCAAAGCGACCGCCGGAGGCCAGGUUUGAACCUCAGGCCCCUCUCUCAUAUUCAGCAGACAUUUGGAGCCUAGCCACUACGAUCUGGGAGAUUCUUGGCAUGAAGGCCAUUUUCAGCAGCGAAUUCGCCACUGCGGAUGAGGUGGUAUCCCAACACAUCGAUGCGUUGGGGCCCAUGCCCCUAAACUGGUGGGAGCGGUGGGCAGAGCGGAGUCAAUUUUUCGAUGAUAAUGGUCGCCCAAAGGAGGGCCGCUAUGUGUGGCCACCGAUUGACAAGGCAUUUGAGGAAGGGGUACAGAAGUAUCGACGGAAACUUAGGGCGAACGAGUUUGACAUGGUGGAAACAGCUGCCAUUCUAGAUUUGAUGCGUCGAAUGUUAGUAUUUCGACCAGAAGAACGACCAACAGCCGACAUGGUCUUACAGUCAGAGUGGAUGGUCAAGUGGGUGUUACCUGAUUUCCAUCGGAGCUUGCAGAUGAAGUAG